AUGAGAGCUCGGAUUGUUGUUUUCCCGAUCAAAGGACGGACUUGGUGCUUUGCUCGAUCCCUCGAUCCUCUUUCAGGGCCCCAUCCCUCCCCCUCGUUGCCUUCCUCCUCGUGGAAGGAUCUCUGGACCACCAUCCGUUCUGGCCAGAGGCCCGCAACCGAGAACGCUGAGAUUGUUGUUGAUUUUGUUGCCGAUAAGAUGAAUAGAGGGUGGAGUGCGCUUGAGAAGGCUCCUCCAGGGACGAUAAAGAGUAAAAUCCACAGCUUGGGAUUGAAGUUGCUGUCUCAGGUGAAGCCAUCGGAAAUAUUCUUGAAGUCUGUUUCCAAGGACAUUACCAAGCUGGAGAUUACUUACCCCGCCAGUUUAAAUCCUCGACUUGUGCGCCGAAGGCUCCGGCAUGUAGCAGUCAGGGGAUCAGCUAUUCACAAGAAAUAUUUCUAUGGUUCACUUUCUUUGAUUCCAGUUACAUCCGUGUUCAGUGUCUUGCCCUUGCCUAACAUUCCAUUCUUUUGGACCUUGUUCCGUGGAUAUUCAAAUUGGAGAGCUCUCCAGGGAAGUGAGAGGCUUCUACUAUUAGCUUCGGACAGCCCAAGUUUAUGGAGUUCACUUGCGACCAAAGGGGAUACAACCAAAACUGCAACUCAUUCUCCGCUGGUUUUGCGGCCAUCUGAUGAUCUUGAGAAAGUGCUGGACAUCGAUGACAAUGAGUAUGCUGAUAGUAAUGAAGCCAUUUCGAAAAUAUGUGAGAGAUAUCAUUUGGACAAGAACGAAGUUAUGAAGCAUCGGCGAUCAUCGUCCUAGUCUUUUGGAAUUUAAUGAGCAACCAAGAGCUUUGAAGAUGAAAGCUUUUGAAUGGAAGAGUUUUAGUCAGCUGAUGAUAGUUUAAAGACCAGAGAGGCAGCAGAGUGAGUGAGUGAUACAGAGCUUAGAACUGAGUCAUGUCAUUGCAAUGCCUUAAAUUUUGCUGAUUACUUUGAUUCUUUUGUGCAUGCAUCCCUAAAAUGUAGUGCUAUUGCCUCUCAAACACUAGUUUCUAAAGUUUUUGUUAUUAUUUAAAUUUAUAAACAUAGGCCAACUUCGAGGUCAAUAACUAACUGUACAUACUUUUUGUGAAAUCAUAGAUCUAUUCUUUC